GGAGAGACCUAUGAACUGAGCUGCAUCAACUCCGCCCACGCCAACAGCGGUACCUGGAGUUGUGUGCGCACUGGAGCAGACGGGCAAGUCAAGAAGUUUACGAUCUGGUACGACGAGGAGUCGGAAAGUGUCUGGUGGGGCAGCUGGACCUACUACUUCGACCCCUUGGAAGCCCAGAGGACUGGUGUAAUCCACUGGCGCAAGGAUGGUCCUGGCAAGGGAUUCGAGUGGCACCGCGCUGAAGACUAUGAAGAGUACUGGCCUGAGGAGAACUGGGCCGAGGAGGAGUGGCAUGAGGAGGAGGACAAGGACGAUGUGUGGCCAGACGAGCCACCCACCAUCCACGUGCAACCUGCCGAACCGGAGGAGGAACC